AUGCGAGUCCCUCUUCUUGUUGCCGCGCUGCCUCUUGUCAGUGCUCUGCCUCGAGCUUUGCUGGAUAAACGUGCUGCGGACACGGUUGGUCCUAAUCGCGGCAGAGCCGCUGAUGUGAGCUGGAAUGGACAGAAUGACUAUUCUAGCUCGCGGGGACGAGAUCGUCAUCCUAGCUGGCAAGGCAAAGACCGUGAUCCCAGUUGGCAAGGCAAAGAUCGUGACCCCAGUUGGCAAGGCAAAGACAAUGAUCCCAGUUGGCAAGGCAAAGACAAUGAUCCCAGCUGGCAAGGCAAAGACAAUGAUCCCAGUUGGAACGGACCAGGCUGGUCUGAAGAUCCAUACCUUCCAGAUUUUCCCCAAGAAAAUGAUCGGCCAGAAGAUAAUAAUCAGCCAGAAGUUAAUGACCAGCCAGAAGAUAAUAAUCAGCCAGAAGUCAAUGACCAGCCAGAAGUCAAUGAUCAGCCAGAAGUCAAUGAUCAGCCAGAAGUCAAUGAUCAGCCAGAAGAUAAUGAUAAGUCAGAAGACAAUGAUCUGUCAGAAGAUGAUUGUCCCCUUGAAAACGACGGUCUGUCAGAAGACAAUGAUCAGCAAGAAGACAAUGAUCAGCAAGAAGAUGAUUGUCCCGAUGAAGACAAUACACCCCCGAAACCAAGCGCCACCACCACAAGUGCACCAGACAAGCCCGUGGCAACGCAAACCGAGCCUGUCGUCUCAGCCACCCCAUCACCUACCGAGGUCCCGUCCGGUACCAACAAAGAUCUUUAUAUGCCAAUUGUCGACAAGUGGCUUCGUGCUUUGAGCUUACGCCCACUCAAGUACGACGCUGAGCUGGCCAAGACUGCUCUCCAAUGCAGUGAGCUCAGCAACGGAGCCCUCAAACACCGCGGAAGCAACGCACAGAUCAUGGCACCCGGCAACGAGACGGCGUUCGAGCAUGUCUUUGUAGGUGGCUGGCUUGGCGAGCGAUCAGAUCUCUUCCCAGACCAGGAAGUCUGGAGAAACUUUAGCAAGGCAUGGAACUACCGGGGUCAGACUGGCCAUGCGGACUACUUGGCCGAUCAAGGCACAUACGACGACGGAACACCGCUGAAGCUGACUAAGAUUGGUUGCGGCUGGGCAGGGGGCUCGAAUGGGGGGCAGCAGUGGAACAUGUGGACGUGUGAUCUUGCUUAG